UACUUUUUUUUAGAGAUGAAGUACUUCGUAUUUAAAAGAGACGAAUGUUAAGCUAUUGCAGCUCAGCUGCUCAAAGCAGCACAAAGUCUCUAUAAUUUAAUAGAGCCCCGCAUUCAGAAGGUUGUUUUUGCGAGUAAGUAGUCACGUCGCGCGAGAUGAACAUGAGCUCGGACCGUGUCCCCGCGUGGUGUGUGUGUGUGCCUUGAGCAGAGAAAGCCGCGAAGAAAAGAUGAUGCCGCAGGGGAACCCCGUUUGAAGAGCGCAGAAAGACGGCCAAAUCAAAACAGAACGUAAAAAAAAGGGUAUCAUCCAUCGCGUGGUGAGAGAUGAAUCAAUGCGCGAGAGUGAGAGUGAGAACAAGUGAAUGAGUGAGUGUGAGCAGAAGGCACGAUACGAGAAGAAUCGCAGAACGGAACUGUCAAACAGAGCGGGCCGUAAAAGUGCAAGAACCGGAUCCGGAUUUAGAGUUUCUUGCGAGGCCAGGAAAGUGUGAGAAGGUGUUAGCUGCACAGUGUCCUGUGUGUGUGUGUCCGGCUUUCGAUCGAGAUCCGUGGCGAAAUAGGAGUACGACACUUUCAUGGCGGCGAGACCCGUUGCCAAUAGUUUGUAAUUCUCGAAGGGACAUCUCGGAGCAGAGGACAAGCGAGAGAAGAGUGUCCUAGUGCGCGUACAGCACAGCAAGAGCCGGUCACAAAAUGCCGGUCGCACUGAACGGGUCCAUUCCGCUGCCAUCGGUGCGCGUCUACACCAGCAUCACGGUGCUGAUGAUGUCCGCGUGUCUCUACUAUGCCCUCAUCAUGACCAGUGAUCCCCACUGGCGGCAGCACGCCAACAUAACGACACCACUAACCGGAACCGGGACGAGCAUCGUAGGAUCGUCACCACCGGUAGCAGCAUCAUCCCCAGCAGCAGCAGCAGCGGUGGCAGGCCACCAGGCCAGUCUUGAAGGCCCGCCAUCGAUUGUCGGUGACGCCGCGGGCAAGCUAGACGUGACGGCCGGGCCUUCGCUGCUGUCGGUGCAGGAGAUUGAAACGCUCGAGGAGAAAAUACUGGCCGCAGCCGAUUUGCCCGAUCUGCGACAGAUGCUGCGCAGAGACACUGCUGGGGUGGCCACGCCGUCGACAGACGAUGGCACGGGCGUCGCUGACGGCGAGGAGGAUGAGGACGAAGACGAACGGUGGGCUGGCAACGACACGCGUACGGUCGGUGCCUACCUAAAGGACACGGUAUCGUUCAUGGCGACGGAACCGUUUUGCAUUUGGACCCUAAUCAACAGCGCGUACUGUUGCCUGAUACUGCUCGGUAAAUCGAUACAGAAGUUCGUCUUCGGGGAGCUCCGGAUAUCCGAACAGCAGCACAUGAAGGACAAAUUCUGGAACUUUAUCUUCUACAAGUUUAUCUUCGUGUUCGGCGUCGUCAACGUGCAGUACCUGUACGAGGUCAUACUAUGGGUGUCAUGGUUUUCGGCCCUCGGAUUCUUGCACCUUCUGUCGCAGCUGAGCAAAGAUCGGUUCGAGUACCUUUCCUUCUCGCCGACAACCCCGGGAUGGUCGCACUUCCGGCUGAUCUCGCUGCUCGUCGUGAUCCUCACGCUCGCCGGCCUCAUGGUGGUGAUCUCGAUCGGUGUCGGUGUGUUCGUCGGCAGCUUCAACACGUUCGCCUUCAUGGCAGCGGAGUGCGUUCUGUUGGCGGUACGGACAAUGCACGUGCUGAUACGGUACGGGAUGUUCCUGCACGAUAUGCGCCAGGGCCGCAUCGGAAGUGACUCCAUUUCGUGGGAUAAGCGUGGCCCGGUGUCGUACUACAUCGAGCUAACGUUCGAGGUGGCCGCGCUGGUGGUGGACCUGGUGCACCACGUCCACAUGCUGCUGUGGAGCAACAUCUUCCUGUCGAUGGCCAGCCUGGUGAUCAUUAUGCAGCUGCGCUACCUGUUCAACGAGAUCCAGCGCAAGAUCAAGAAGCACCGCAACUAUCUGUGGGUCCUGAACCACAUGGAGAAGAGCUACCCGCUGGCGACGGGCGACGAUCUGAAGGCCAACUCGGACAACUGUGCCAUCUGCUGGGAGAAAAUGGAAACGGCCCGCAAGCUGCCGUGCGGUCACCUGUUCCACAAUUCCUGUUUACAGUCGUGGCUCGAGCAGGACACGAGCUGCCCGACGUGCCGGCUGGGGCUGAGCGUGCACCAGAACGGCGGUGGCCCCCGGGCCGGCAAUCCGCUGCUGCUGGGUGCGGCCGACAUCCGUAUCGAUGAUCGGGAGGACGCCACGGUCGGCGGUGGUGGCCGUACGGGCAACAAUCACUUUUUCCACUUCAACGGCUCGCGGUACGUGUCGUGGUUGCCCAACUUUUCCGUCGAAGUGACGCACAUCAACAACAUGCUGCGCCCGGUCGACACGCUACCGCUGACGGCGGCCGCCGCCAACCACACGUCGCAGGUGCGCAACAUGGCCCGGCACGUGCAGGAAAUGUUCCCUCGCUACCCGCUCUCGGUGCUGAUCGGUGAUCUGCAGGUGUCGCGCUCGAUCGAGGUAACGAUCGACAACAUUCUCGAGGGCCGGCUGCAGAUUCCGGCGGGGGUUGCGGGCGCGUCCGGUGAGGAGGAGCAGGAGAACCCGGCGGUUCCGAGCGCGGCGACGUAUGAUCGUGGCGAGGAGGAGGCCGAUGACGAUGACGAUCAGUUCUAUCCGGCAACGGUGGGCGGUGGUGGUGAAGAUCGAUCACCCGUUAGCAGCUCGUCGUCAUCUGGUUCCGUAUCGUCACUGUCCUCCCUGCACACCUCAGCCACGACGGCAGCGACGGCCGCCGGAUACGAGGUGGAACGUGGGACGAAAAUUUUCGGCAGCUACGACACGCUGCUGCGUGACGACAGUGCGGAAGAGACGGCCGUUCCGUUCGGUGAUCGGUUCUCCAAGAGUCCGGAAGAGCGCGAGAAAAUUCUGCAGCGCCGCAAGGAGCAGCUGCUGGCGAUCGCGCGAAGAAGAUAUUUGGAGAAGAACAAAUCGGACCUUAACCAGCACGCGAAAACGCCGUCCUCUGCGCCGCCGUCCAGCACGACGGUUCGGCAUCGGAACAAGAGCUGCAUGGAAACAUCGUCACCGUCGGCGGCGGCGGCGUCGUCGUCACCCUUCGACAGUGAGCUGCCCAGGUCGUCCUCUGCCACAAUGACCGCUUCCCACUCGCGGCAGUCGGAGGAUGGCAGCUUUUAAGCACGCCUAAAACGUGAUCAUCGUGCAGAAGAGUUGUUGGCUUCUAAUGUUGUUGCCGUGAAGCCAUGGGCGCACGUGACCGGGGGACCGGGCCCCGGCCAACGGACGGACGGACGGACGGACGGUGCUGUGAAAGUAUCAUUAUCGUUUAUUGUUUUAGGUAUUUUUUUUUAAAUCCAUCGCCGCCGCAAAUCCAUUAAUAGCCCGCUCGCGAUAUUCUCGCAUCAUUUGCUUUUACUCGAUUAGAAUUUUAGUCACCCUCCCUAUUUUGCAUUAGAUUUUAUCUCCAAUCCCGCUGCGCUGCGCAGCUAUAUAUUUACCAACAAACUGAUUGAUAAGAGCGCCCCGCGUGUGAUCGAAUGAACGAGAUAAACCACCACCCGCCAUCUCCUCCUCUGUGUGCGUGCGUUUUUUAGAGGAAUAAUUAACUUAGAACUCAGCUUAGUGAAUUCGCGCCACAAACUAGUAGACGUGGUCGAUUAGAGAGACGGAGAGAAGUGUAGUGUAGCAGCGUGUGUGUGGAUGUGUGUGGCAGGCGUGUGAUUGGGACACUGUGGGACCCGAUCUCUGGAAAUGGGUAUCACUGUAGCCAGCCUGGCCACCAAACGUUGCCAACCGCGGCCACCAUCGGCCGUACAACACAAACAGAUAACAUGAACCCCGUUGUGAUGAUAUUUAUUUUCUACUAGGGAACAACAAAUCAAAAUCCUGUGUACCAUUGUGGUGUCCAUUGUGUGCGGCGGCCACAAACACGGGGGCCACUUCAAAACAAUUCGCUUCUGGCGUAAUCUAUUUCGGCCACCAUUUCGGGCGCGAUAUUAUGUGCGGAGCGCGAACUAAUGAUGGGUUUUGAAUGUACAGGAGGCGAAACAAAGCAGGCAACGGAUGAAGAAUGAUUCGCUCUGCCGGAAACAGGAACGCGUCGCACCGACGGGGGGGGUAUAGUCAAAAUUAUGACAAACUUAAGUCAACUAUUAGCGAGCAAAUGCAAACAAUAAAGUAAAGUUCGUUGUUAUUUCG